GCAUAAACAACUCUGGGGAGAGCAGACAGACAGGCUUCAGGGCCUGGGCGGGGAGGUUAUACUUUCACCAGUCUCUUCUGUGGAGCCAGAGCCGCCAGUUCCCACCUAAGCUCAGACAAUGCCAGUGGAGGAGUUUGUGGCUGGUUGGAUCUCUGGAGCUCUGGGCCUGGUCCUGGGACACCCCUUUGACACUGUAAAGGUACGGCUGCAGACCCAGAGCACGUACCGGGGCAUUAUGGACUGCAUAGUGAAGACGUACCGCCAUGAGUCGCUCCUGGGCUUCUUCAAGGGAAUGAGCUUCCCUCUGGUCAGCAUAGCCGUGGUCAACUCCGUCCUUUUUGGGGUCUACAGCAACGUCCUGUUGGCUCUCACGGCCAUGUCCCACCAGGAGCGGCGUACCCAGCUGCCCAGUUACACGCACGUCUUCAUAGCAGGCUGCACUGGGGGUGUCAUACAGACCUUCUUCCUGGCCCCUUUUGAUCUCAUCAAAGUCCGUCUACAAAAUCAGACAGAACCGAGGGUGCAGCCUGGUGGUCCCCAACCCCGGUACCGGGGGCCUGUGCACUGUGCAGCCACCAUCUUCCGGGAGGAGGGGCCCCGGGGAUUGUUCCGUGGAGCCUGGGCCCUGAUGCUGAGGGACACUCCCACUUUGGGACUCUACUUCGUCACCUAUGAAGGGUUCUGUCACCAGAACACGCCGCAUGGCCAGAACCCCAGCUCAGCCACAGUGCUGGUGGCAGGGGGCUUUGCAGGCAUCGCCUCCUGGGUUGCAGCCACGCCUUUGGAUGUGAUCAAGUCCCGGAUGCAGAUGGAUGGGCUGAGGCGGAGGGAGUACCAGGGAGUGUUGGACUGUGUGGUGAGCAGCUUCCGGCAGGAGGGACUGAGGGUCUUCUUCCGGGGCUUGACCAUCAACAGUGCCCGUGGCUUUCCUGUCAACGCUGUCACCUUCCUCAGCUACGAAUAUCUCCUGCAUUCAUGGGGAUGACCCUGGCCAGUGAUGCCAGCUGCUGUGCAGCAGGACCAUGGCCAAUUGUGGGAUUGGAGUCCAAGCUAAAGUACCCAACUUGCAAUUCAAAGAGGCUUGGCCCUUCCUGGGUUGGGCACCUCCCCAGUGACUGGACAGGCUGGGAGCCACCUGCACAGGAAGCCAGUGGUCCUGGCCCAGCACGGACUCCAAGGCAGGGUUGAGCCUCCAGCAGGCCUCACCUCAAACCCUUUGCUUCUAUGACACUGGGGCACAAGGCACAGAUGAACCCAGCAGUGACACUCCAGUCCCCAUGCCAGUUUCCCCUCAAAGAGCUGACUUCACCUGCCUCCGUCUCUGCACCCGGCCCCCUUCCAAUGACAGUGUGCUUGGUUCCUCCCACCCCCACCAGUGGAGAGUGACCUUUUGUUUCUUCCCUGUCCGGAAUCCUCUAGGGACACCCAUCACCUUUAGGAAAAGGCCUAUGCUCCCAGCCUCUGGCUGUCUCUCCCCUUAGCUUUCCUCUUUCUUGGUCACUUCAUGGCCCUGAACAAGUUGUGCUCACUCGUGACCCAGACCUGGAAUGCUUAUCCCUGUGGCCAAUGAGGACAGGGCCUGGCAGGAUGCCUCCAGCUGACCUCACCCUUCUCCAAGACUCAGGUGGAGCACCAUCUCCUGGGGUCCCUCCUGCCCUGCCUGGGCUGACUUUGAGGUUCCCAGCACUCCAGCCCACCUCACACCUUGAUCAGAGCUGUUGCCUGUGCUGCUUCAGGGGUGUUGAUGUGCCAGUUAGCCUGCGAGUGCCUUGUGGUCAGGCUAUACAUCUACCAGUCUCAGCACCUGCCCAAGGCAGAACAGACAUCUGAACAAAUGCUCAUUAA